CAUAUCAGGGUAGCUAGCAGAUGUCAGGCAAAUACGGCGGAGACAGCGGGUCGAAAAACAUCGAUUUAGGCAUCAAAUAUGGAUCUGGCGAAUGGAUAAACUGAAGCUUUUCCACAUAACGCCUUUUAUGCAAUGCAUCAAGUGAGUUUACGGCAUCCGAAAGCACCGGGUCUUCCAUGAAAUGCGUUAUAAAUUGCUCGAUCAAUUGAAACCAUUGAUAAUACAGACACAAAAUGACGGACAAGGGGGCGGAACCAUACAGCGAGCACAUGAUUUUGUGACGUCGGUGGGUAGGGUCUAUUAAAACAUGAGUAAUCAUAACAGUCCUCCAUGUUAUUUAAUAUUGGACGUCAUUGCUGUUGUUGGAGGUAAAUAAAAUUCGCCAUAUCUAACCGCUGUUAGUCGCAUUUAUCUUUUACAUUUAGUAGCAUUUAUUCAACACAUUUAUUCGCAUUUAUUCUCAGCUACUGUUACCACACUGUCUUUACUCCACAAGCAUUGAGGCCUUAAGGGCCCUUUCCGGUUAAUGCUAACACAGCAGAACAGUCACAUCCCUGCUUGGCCUGUUUUGCCGUCACAGGGAAACCGUAAAUUUCUAAAGGUUCUAAAGUUUGGUGAAGUUUCAAUACUUCUGCUUAAUUUACUUCCCUAAAAGUAGGCCGUAAAACCGUUAGGAAUAAACACAAGUAUAAGUAGGUAUUGUUUAGCGGAAGGGUGCUAGGGUCACAAGGGGCUGCAGGUUGCGCCACAGCCUGAUCUAAUCGUCUGGACUGGAGGGGCUGGUGCUGAGAAGGGCUGUUUUCAUCUGGUCACCUGACAUCCCAACAUCACGACAUCCUUUUUCCAAACUAGAGAACUAUCAGCCAGAUAUCUGUAACGGUUGAUCGCUUUGUCUCUGGAAUCAAUACAUUCGGAUCAAAUUGCAACUCAAGUGUUCAAAUAGGUCCCCGCCCACUCGUGGUCAUGUGAUUUCCCAGAGCGGCACAUUUGGCGAAAGCGAAAGCAAAGUGACGUCAUAGCCCAGCUCAGGUCAACGCGUCCAACUCUGUCGGCGUCGAACUGAAUAUGAAGCAAAAAUGUGCAAGACGAAGGAGUUAGUGGCACUUUUGCUUGUGGCUGUGCAAAUUCAAAACGUCAAGCCCGUGAUUCAUACGCUCAAGUAUAUCCGCAUAGGGUCAUCUCAAAUUCCAAACUUCCCAGAGUACUUGAGUGUCGGUUAUGUUGACGGUGUUCAAAUUACCAACUAUGACAGCAAGAGCAAGAAAUUACGACCUAAACAGGACUGGAUGAACAAAAUCACAGCCGAGGAUCCGCACUUCUGGGAAAGAAACACACAGAUCAAUAUCGGUGCAGAGAAGGUCUACAAAGUCCGCAUUGAAACUGCUAAAGAGCGCUUCAACCAAACUGGAGGUGUUCACAUGGUCCAGGUGAUGUAUGGCUGCGAAUGGGACGAUGAGACCGGCGAAGUGGACGCUUGGGUACACUUUGCUUAUGACGGAGAAGACUUUAUAUCGUUUGAUUUGAAGGGACUGAGGUGGAUCGCGGUCAAGCCGCAAGCUGUCGUCACCAAACACAAGUGGGAACAAUCGGACAGCUUUAAUCAAUGGCAAAGAUAUUACUACACUGAGGAAUGUCCUUCUUACUUGAAGAAGCACGUUCGCAAUGGGAGGGACUUCCUCAUGAGAACAGAGCUUCCGCGGAUCUCCCUGCUGCAGAAGACGUGGCGGUCGCCGGUGACAUGCCACGCCACGGGUUUCUACCCCAGGGAGGCCGCCCUGUUUUGGAAGAAGGACGGCGAGGAGCUCUUUGAGGAUGUGGAGAUGGGCGAGACCCUCCCCAAUCACGACGGAACCUUCCAGACCACCGCCGACCUCAAAGCGGUGGAUGCCAAGGCCAAAUACGAGUGCGUUUUCCAGCUAGCCGGCGUCCCGGAGGACCUCGUCGUCCCGCUGGACCCCGCGAAGAUCCUGAGCAACGAGCGCAUUGAAGCGGAAGAAAGGAGGAAGACAGCGCUGGCCGUCACUGUCCCGUUGGUGCUCCUGGCCCUGAUUCUCACGAUCAUCGUCGUCAUUGUCAUCAAAUGCAGAAAAGUCAAAUACGCUCCAGCUGCUAAGUCAAAAUCUUUCCUCGGAGGUAAACAAAGCCAAGGCGGAGGUCUGACGUCCACCAAAUCUUUCCAUUCGUUUGCCUUUUGGAAGCCAAUUCUGAGCAAUCUUCCUCCAAGAGUGCUUCCGAGGCCGCUUCUCCGACCGCCGAGACCCCUUUAGCCGAGCCCGCUCCCGAGUGAGACGCUUUCACGCCGCGUUGGAAGACGAUUACGAUGUUCCAACGCAAGCGCAAAAAGACUGGAUUUCUUGUCCGGUUGGGCCAUUUGUGUCAUGGGUACUUUUGUGCUUGAUUUGCUGUAUUUUAAGAUCAAAUUGAUGUAUCAAUUAAAAUGAUAUGUUGUAAGCUUUAGGGCAGAGGCACCCCAUUUCUUAGGUUGUGGGAGCCAUUCUGUUGGCCAGGUGGCAAGAACAAAGAAACGUCUUGGAUGGAUGUAAAUGUUCGGGAAGUUGUACACUAUGUUAUUUGAUGUUUCCUCAAACAUUAAUUCCAGAUUGAAACAGCUCCAGUGAUCUUUAUAUGUUGCACAGUUCUUGUACUUUUGAACUGACUGUAUGCAAGGGCCGAAGUUUGCUUAGGGAUGGUAGGGACAUAACACUAGUAACUUUUCAGGAUGCUCAAAUUGUCCCCGCCAACUUUUAAGCAACCCUAUUUGCAUUAUAUCAUGACUUCAGUGUAGGUCAUUUAGAUCAGGGGUGGGCAAACCGGUCCUCAAGGGCUGCAGUGGGUCCUGGUCUUUGUUCCAACUGAUUCAGCACAGACAGUUUAACCAAUGAGGUUUCAGUGGAAACAAGAAGCACCUGACUGAAAUCAACUGAUUGCACUUGUAAGAAACCAGAUUGGUGAAAGGCUGUCCUCAUGAUGGGUAUGAACAAAAACCCGCACCCACUGCGGCCCUUUGUGGAAUAGUUUGCCCACCCCUGAUUUAGAUUGUCUUCCCAUAUGUUGUAAGGAUAGAAUUGACCCAACCAUAAUAACGUGAAUUAUUUUUAUUGUGUUCGGACUUAGAUUUAACCUUUUUUCACACAUUAAAUGUGGCAAUCCAUGUUUUUUUUCCUCAAACGUACGUUUGAUUGGCUGAUGACGUGAACAUCCACACACGCACACACAACCCCGACAGAAAUACAACAUGUCGACAACAUACCGCCUCCUCUGUUCCCUUUGAAGUGUAGGGAUAUGAGAUUUUUUUUUCAGGCAGCAGGAGCAGCCACUGUAAGUAAUGUCAAAAGACGUCAAUGUUGUGGAGGUGGGGAAAACGCACAAAUUUUGCUACUGAAAGUCUGACCUGCAUCAGAGGUAACAUAACGUUAAAUUAUGGGAAUUUGCUAACCUGCAAAAUUCGAGUAGGAGGGUGCUUAGAGAGUGUCCUGUAUGUGUUUUCUACUGUUUAUGUUAAUAAAACUGUGAGAAAUGGCCAUAAACCGAGGUUGACCCCAAUUUUCAUUUUUAUUUUAUUUCCGUGAACCUGAAAGCAGCGCAAAGGAGCUUUCAUUUUUUGUUGAGUUUGUGGACAAAAGCAGUCGUGUUUUUCCUCAAGGAAGGCCCCAUUUUUAUUUGUUUAUCCCUAAAUAAGAUUUUUCAGUAAUAUCUAAUUUCUUUAUUUAGACAGAGAAUAUUGAGUGUUCUUAGGACAAAUGUUUAGUUUUUUUGCAUUCUUGGAUCGUUUAGAGAUUGUUAUACAGAUACAGAUUAUUAUUAUACAAGAGCCGCUGUCAGUCAUGUAAAAUAUGUCAAAGUUGUGGAGGUGGGGAAAACGCCACUAAUUUUGCUACUGAAAGGCUGACCUGCAUCAGAGUUAGCAUAACUUAAACUGUGCGUUUGCUAAACAGCAAAACUCGAGUGUCUUUUUUUAGACGGAGAAUUUUGAGUUUUCUGAGGACAAAUGUUAUGUUUUUUUGCAUUCGUGGAUAGUUUGGAGAUUACAAACAAAUUUGUGUAGGUCAUUCACUAGGUUCCCCCGUGUGGUUCUGGGAUUUUUGCUCCCCGUUCUUAUCAUUUUGAAGCCACGGGGUGAGGAGGGAGUUGAAAGUCCAUGUUGCCCAACGACAGCCCCAAAACAUCACUGCUCUAGAGGAGAUCUGCAUGGAGGAAUGGGCCAAAAUGCUAGCAACCAUGUGUGAAAAGCUUGUGAAGAGUUACAGAAAAUCCGUUAUUGCCAACAAAGUAUUGAGAUAAGUAUUUGGUCAAUACCA